AAAUAAGUCAAGUCGCCUUGAUGAGUUGCUGCACUACAAGCUUUUUUAGUCUAUAAUAUCCGAGUUUUUCUCCAAUUCCCAACAUAUAACCGGUGAAAAUGUACAUUACAAGGCGUUUGUCAGAGUACAGGAGGAAUCCCUCAGAGCUGACACAGCCUCCUCCUGAGGGUCCAAGCUCUGGAGUUUUGGUGAUCCAUGACCAACACUCACAGAUACAGUCUACGUGUUGCUUUGGCUCGUGUGAGGUAGUGGAGGGUAAUCAUAGUGGUUUGCCGUUAACGCAAAAUCUAAAGCUAGCUGUCCUAUUCAAUAGUGGAGGAGACGACAGUACUAAUGACCCAAUCGUGUUCAUUCCUGUUCUUGAUAAGCCUCUGUCUUCAAACUGCUACUAUGCUAUUAGGCGACGUGGGAAGCAUUCAGGAGAAGCAUCUACUAGCGCCAAAGAGGAAGAUAUAGUCUCUUGUUGCUUGUGCCUUACGCAAGUUCCUGAAGCUAAACCAAAGCAGCUAGAUCCUUAUGACACAUACCAACAGUUCGAGAUCCAUCAAAAGAAACCAUCCUCGCGUUACUACCACGCAACAUCUGUUGCUCCUGACGGGGUCCCACCAUGGUUCCUCAAGAAGAAAGAGUGGACGGUUUCAUACUCUAGGUCCCAAGAAUUUGAACUGAGAGAUGAUGCAAAAGGACUCAACAAAGAGCUUCGUUCCGAGCUUCCUGCUCUUGGCGCGAGCGUUGUUGUUGGGAAGUGGUACGUCCCUUUCAUAUUCGUGAAAGAAAGAGACGCAAAGGAUCAGAUCAAGAGAUCCGUGUAUUACAGCUUGACUCUUGAACAAAGAUGGGAAGAGGUUUUCUCUCAUGAGAAUGAUAAAAGCGAGAACCGUGAUGUUGUGGUUGAUGUGGAAGUAGAAGAUGAAGUUGUGAAGCUUGGGGGACAAGAAAUUACAAGAGGUGUGAAUGAAAAUGGGUUUGUUUGGUUUGGGGUUGGAGACAGGAAGAUCGGUUUAAGGUCAGUGGUUGUUGAGAGGAUGAAAUGGGAAGAAGAGAGAUUUGGGUGGAGAAGCAAAGGCGAGCAGGAGCGAGCAAUGGUGGUUAAGAGACUGGAGGAGAAACCAAAAGAUGGUAGUUUUUGGAAGAGUUAUCAUUGUUAUGUUUUGAUAGAGAGCUUCGUAUUGAAGAGAAUGGAUGAGAGCUUGGUCUUAACAUAUGAGUUCAGACACGUUGAUAAGGUCAAGAGUAAAUGGAGUAAGCUUAUUGGCGCAACGUAAUCUUCAAAAGCUUGAUUAAUCUCGAUGAUGUGAGCUUCCAUUGGGCAAUGCGAUUUAUUUACAGUUGAACUUGUUUUUACCGUUAAGCUGUUUUCA